GAAGCAGGCGGCCUCUACAACAGUUGCGCCUCUGCUAUUUUGGUGUUCUAUUGGUUUUUAUUCUUCUUUUGGUCGUUCGUAGCCUCUGUGUCGUUGUGCUGCUCCGCCUUGGUGGGUUUAGACGGUGUCCCGGGCCGUCUCGGACUUGUCCGUGUGGCGGGGUUGGGCCCCCACCCUUGUAUUUUUUUGGAGGGGUGCCAGGCGCGCCAUCUGGUUUUUGCCGUUGUGAUUUGUGUUUUCUACAUGUGCUGGUGGUGGUUGCGCUCUUGUUUGCGGCGCCGCGUGUUGCGCUUUGGCUGUGGGCCUCUGCCUCCCUUGGGUUGGGUUGGGCUGGCCGCCUCGGGCUGGGUUUUAGAAUAA